CAUUCUGCAAUGGCUAACACGGACUGGCCAGGCUGUGGGAAGAGUUUGAAAGGUGUCAUUUUGGACAUGUGUGGUGUGUUGUAUGACAGUGGGGAAGGCGGGGGGGUUGCCAUUACUGGAUCAAUUGAAGCAGUGAAAAAGCUCAAGGCAUCGGACCUGCAGCUGCGCUUCUGCACCAAUGAGACCCAGCUCAACAGAGAGGCGUUUGUGGACAAGCUCAAAAGGCUGGGCUUUGACAUCUCUGUGUCUGAAGUCUUCUCUCCUGCUCCUGCAGCCGUAGCUGUCCUCAAAGAGAGGGGCUUUCGGCCUCACCUGCUGGUAUAUGAUGGACUUCUCCCAGAGUUUGACAGUGUUGAUAAAACCAACCCAAACUGCGUGGUGAUUGGAGACGCAGCUGAAAAGUUUACCUACCAGAACUUGAACGAGGCAUUCAGGGUCCUUAUAGGCCUGGAGAAGCCAGUGCUGUUCUCCUUGGGCGGAGGGAGGUACUACAAGGAGGGAGAUGGUUUAGCACUAGAUGUCGGGGCGUAUAUGAAGGCUCUGGAGUAUGCCUGUGAUUUAAAGGCGGAAGUAGUUGGAAAGCCUUCACCAACAUUUUUCCAGAGUGUUCUCAAUGACAUGGGGCUUCAACCGCAUGAGGCACUGAUGAUCGGGGAUGAUCUGGUGAACGAUGUGGGUGGAGCACAAAACUGUGGAAUGAAAGGCCUACAAGUCAGAACUGGCAAAUACAGGCCCAGUGAUGAGAGGCACUCAACGGUGACGGCUGAUGGCACUGUGGACGACCUGGCUCAGGCUGUGGACAUGAUCCUCAAACAGAGACACUGAGUACAAGGCAGGACUCUGGAAUCGCUCCACUUACUGUGACUGGGUCAUACGCUAAUAUAAAUCUUAACUGUUACCAUUAGGAAAGGUUUAUGCGUUGAGGUAUUUCAAAUACUAAGACUAAAAUACCUUCCAUAUACUGGCUGUAAACUAUGGGAAACAUCCACCUAUCUGACAUAGUGUGAAACAAACUAGAAUUACAUGUGCAGAACUUUUAGUUCUAGUUGACAAGAGAUAAGCUUUUCUCGAAAACGUUUAAGCGGCACCAUGCAUUUAUGAGUAAAUGAUGGGCAUAGAUAAGAUACCUCACAUGUGCCUGUAACCAGCUGCUGAGUUAGUGUGUUAAGACUCAUUGAUAAUGUUACACACUCAUAUUGUUUGAGCAGAUUUAACAGUAUUUUAACAUACAACAAUCAACAAUCAAUGUAAAUAGCUACAAAUAUGAAGGCAUUGUAGUAGGAACCCACUCCCUUCACCCACAACGUGCACCACCUCAUAAAACAGCAGGGGAUAUUCAGUAAUGUAAGUAUUAUAAAUAAAGCUGUUUUACUAGCUGCUGAAAA